CAAAUGCAACAACAAUGAUGCCCUCUUAAGGAUGAAAUAGAAAACUUGUUUAUCCAUAAUCUGCCGCUUUUCGUGAACUUAUAUUAUUACUUUACGUACCAGAAAGUGGAUAGAAGUUUUAAAAACGAUAAUCACCAAAGAAACAUGGCACAAAGAUUUCCUGUACCAAAUACAGGGAAUAAUGGUCCUCCUCCACAAAGAUAUGCAGCAUCAUCUGUGCCUCCAAAUCUUCGACAGUAUUCUGGUCCAAAUUUUCCUAUGCAACAGAGAUCUGGAUUUACUCCUCCUCCACAAAUGGCCAAUGCAGGACCUGGACCAGCUAGUAUAAUAAGAGCAAAUCAACCUUAUUCAAAUAUGCGUCAAGGACCUAUGCCUACUCCACCAGUUGGGAAAAGAAGUGCAGAUCAACGUAUUCCUAUGUCACAACAAAAACCGUAUUUUUGGAACAGUGAUUUUUCACAUUCCACAUCCAAGAAGAAGAAAAAGUUGGCAGAUAAAAUAUUGCCACAAAAAGUGCGCGAUUUAGUACCUGAAUCUCAGGCUUAUAUGGACUUACUCGCGUUUGAAAGAAAAUUAGACGCGACUAUAAUGAGAAAACGACUCGAUAUACAAGAAGCUCUCAAACGUCCAAUGAAACAAAAAAGAAAAUUACGGAUAUUUAUUUCUAAUACAUUUUAUCCGGCAAAAGAAGCUGGUGAAGGUGAAGAAGGAUCAGUUGCAUCUUGGGAACUUAGAGUUGAAGGACGUCUUUUAGACGAUACAAAAAAUGAUCCUAAUAAGGUGAAAAGAAAGUUUUCUUCCUUUUUUAAAAGUUUAGUUAUAGAAUUAGAUAGAGAUCUAUAUGGGCCUGAUAAUCAUUUAGUUGAAUGGCAUCGCACAUUAACAACACAAGAAACAGAUGGUUUUCAAGUAAAAAGACCUGGAGAUAAAAACGUUCAAUGCACUAUUCUUUUACUUCUUGACUACCAACCUUUACAGUUUAAAUUAGAUCCUAGAUUAGCACGACUUUUAGGUGUACAUACCCAAACACGACCUGUUAUCAUAUCCGCUCUUUGGCAAUAUAUAAAAACACAUAAACUUCAAGACAGUCAUGAAAGGGAAUUUAUAAAUUGUGAUAAGUAUUUAGAGCAAAUAUUUGCUUGUUCAAGGAUGAAAUUCGCCGAAAUACCACAGCGUUUAAAUCCAUUACUUCAUCCGCCAGAUCCAAUCGUAAUUAAUCAUGUUAUUAGCGUUGAAGGUACAGAAACGAAGCAGACUGCGUGUUAUGAUAUAGAUGUAGAAGUUGACGAUACAUUAAAAACGCAAAUGAAUAACUUUUUACUUUCCACCGCAAGUCAACAGGAAAUCCAGAGUCUCGAUAAUAAAAUUCACGAAACGGUUGAAACAAUUAACCAAUUAAAAACAAAUCGAGAAUUUUUCUUAAGCUUCGUCAAAGAUCCUCAACAAUUUAUCAAUAAAUGGAUAAUUUCGCAAACAAGGGAUUUAAAAACUAUGAUAGAUGUUGUUGGAAAUCCAGAAGAGGAACGUAGAGCAGAAUUUUAUUAUCAACCAUGGGCACAGGAAGCCGUUUGUCGAUAUUUCUAUACAAAAGUUCAACAGAAACGCGCGGAAUUAGAACAAGCACUCGGUAUUAGAAACUCAUAGGUAUUAGGAACUCGUAAGUAUGAGAAUUUAAAAUAUCAAAUUCAAGACAUCGCUAUGUAAAGUAUUUAUAUAAAUCUUUUUCUUGUUCCAAUUGCGAAACUGAUCGAUUAAUGUGUCUUACGCUUGACUUAGUGUUAGUCUCUGAUAUUACAGUACGAAUGAUACCAUACAAGUGGCAUAUUUUUACGAAUGUUCAAAAUAAUGAAAAAAAAAAAAAAAUGUAUA